AUGUCUGGGACGGUGGCUCUGCAGAUCCCCAGAGGCCUUUGGACAACAGCUGUGAUGGUGAUGCUGAUGGUGCUGAGCACCCCAGGGGCUGAGAGCAGAGACUCUCCACAGGAUUUCAUGUUCUGGCACAUGAGCCUGUGUUACUUCACCAACGGCACGGAGCGGGUGCGGUUUGUGGAGAGAUACAUCUAUAACCGGGAGGAGUUCACGCGCUUCGACAGCGACGUGGGCGAGUACCGGGCGGUCACCGAGCUGGGCCGGCGGACCGCCGAGUACUGGAACAGCCAGAAGGACCUCCUGGAGCAGAAACGGGCCGUGGUGGACACGGUGUGCAGACACAACUACGGGGUUGGGGAGAGCUUCACGGUGCAGCGGCGAGUGGCGCCUACAGUGACUGUGUAUCCUGCAAAGACACAGCCCCUGCAGAGCCACAACCUCCUGGUCUGCUCUGUGAAUGGUUUCUAUCCAGGCCACAUUGAAGUCAGGUGGUUCCGGAACGGCCAGGAAGAGGAGGCGGGGGUGGUCUCCACAGGCCUGAUCCCUAAUGGAGACUGGACCUUCCAGACCAUGGUGAUGCUUGAAACAGUCCCUCAGAGUGGAGAGGUCUACACCUGCCACGUGGAGCACCCCAGCCGGACCAGCCCUGUCACAGUGGAAUGGAGGGCACAGUCUGAAUCUGCUCAGAGCAAGAUGCUGAGUGGAAUCGGAGGCUUUGUUCUGGGUCUGCUCUUCCUUGGGGUGGGGCUGUUCAUCUACUUCAGGAAUCAGAAAGGACACUCUGGACUCCAGCCAACAGGACUCCUGAGCUGAAGGGAGGAUGGUGACACUCAAGCAAAAACCUUCUGUCUCGGCUUCUUCGCAGCAUGAAAAUGUUUCCUGCUUCGCU